ACUGAUUAGUAAAAUCUCCUAACCUGUACAUGCCGCAUGUGAAACAUGUGAGAGAACAGAAAAGUGAACGAAAACAGAGGAAAUUGUUGCAUUCGCUUGUGGGAAAAUGUCAAGGGUUGUGAACCAGUUUGGCAAUGUUCAUAAAGCAAUGGAGGCAUUGCCAUAUCCGCACUAAGUAGUCUGUUGCAGUGACAGAUGGUUUCUCAUCCCGGAAUAACCAAUGUUGGAUAUAAUUGAAUCAGCAGGGUGGUACAAGGGCAGAAGGAAGAGAAAGAGAUGAUGUUUAGCUGAAAGGAGAAGAAAAAUUGCACGAAUGAAGAGGCGACAGCGAAGUAAAAGGAAAAAAAUGGAGGGACAGAAGGAAGUCGGGCCCAGGGCUGGGCAGGAUGAAGGUGACGAGGGAGGGGGGGAGGGAGAAAAGGAUGAAGACAAGGAAAGCGUCGCAGGAGAAAAGGUUAAUAGUGCUGAAGUCCAUGGCAACAGUGAAAAGGUGUUGGAGCAAGAAGUAAGGGAUAAUUUAAGAGGAUGUUUGAUAAUAGAUGAAGAUUCAGCCCAAGAGAAGGAGAAAAUUAAUAGUGAGAACUGUACCAUCAAAGUUGAAGAUACAGAGGAAGUUUUAGAUGAUGUUUUAGACGAACCAGAGGAAAAUCCAGAUGAAAGUCAGAAUGACUCACUGGAAUGGCAGAAUCAAAACAGAGAAGAAAGUUACGAAGCUCUGGAAAAUGGCAGAGAAAAAGCAGUGAGUAAAAUUGACAAAAGUGACAUAGGUGAGCCAGAAGGAAAUGGGGAGGAGGAUGACAUUAGAAAGGGUAUUAAAGAAGAAGUUUGCUCAGAUGAAUCACCGGUGGGAUCGCCAAUGAGUCCCAUGGAAACAUCUCCCUCUACAUCAGCUGUGCCACAGGAAAAUGUUGUGGCACAGCUAAACCAACUUCAGCAGACAGUAGUGUCACACAUACUACAGUAUCAGGCAGGAGUAAUGGCACAGUUCCAACAGCUGCAGCAGCAGAUGCUAUCUCAGCUGACUUCAGGAACUCCUCAGACCGCUUCAGCAGCAGGAGUCAAAAAUAAUCGCAAACGUCCAGCAUCUAGUAUGAGUAGUGCUGAUACUCGUGAAGAUAAGCUUACCUUAGCAGAUAUACACUGCAAGCGCAAGCGAACUGCAUUUGAUCAAAGACAAUAUCAAGUGCUUGAGACAACUUUUGAACACAACAACUUCCCUGAACCCAUUGACCAGCAUUGCAUUGCUCUGAGGAUUAAGACGCCAUACCGCAGCAUCAAAAUGUGGUUCCAGAAUAGACGGGCCAGCAUUCGCAAGCGAAUGUCACCCAAAGAAAAAGGAGUAAACUCAGCAGAGAAAACAAAAAAUGCCAGUGAUCCAGAUGCAAGAUGGUACUGCACACUCUGUCCAUCUACAUUCAUAUCAAAAAGAUUCCUAGAGAAUCACAAAGAAGCACAUGAACGAGAGACUUUAUAUUGCCCACACUGUAAUAUGGGUUUCACCCACAAGGUUUUGCUAGAUACACACAAGAUUUCAAAGUGUUCCUCAAAAACUGGAGUAGACUUGACUCACCUUGAAGAUGAGUAUUCAAACACAGCAGCAACAAAAAAGGGAAAGAUACAAAGAGUCGAAAAGAGCAAAUCAAGCACAUUGGCUGCUGUGAAUAUUCAAUCAGCUUUACCACUCCUUAUGUUGCAACAGUUGCAAAAGCAGCAGCAAGAAGCCAAACAAGAUCAAAAUGAGGAGCAGCAUCCAAUAAAGAAAGAAAAAGAUGCUACCCAUGUUCCACCAUUGGUCGUGGCUGGAGCAGGGCCCCAGAAAGAGACUAGUAACCAGGAAGACACUUCACAGGAGCAUCAGUCACAGCUGACUGUGAUACAACAGAGACGACUCAUGCAACAACUUCUGAUGGUUCAGUUACAGCAAGCACAAAGAGCUCAACAAAAAGAAGAAAUGAAACAGGAUGACUCACAGCAGCCUGCAAGUCCCAAUGGCUCACUUACUGUUGGAGGUUUGACAAUAUUUCCUGUGAAAUCAUCACCAUCAGAUGAACAGAAAAUUAAAGUUGAGGUGAAGGAGGAGCAAGAAAAUGCACCACAGUCAGACCCAGAAGAUAAGCAACCUUCAUCUUUACAAGAUCAGAUUACAUCUAUUCUGCAGAGUCAGGGACUCAAGUCUCUUUGGAAACCACCAGGUAUUAAAACAGAGGUGGACAUGUUGGAUGCGAAAGCCGAGAAGAGAGAGUCAAUGCAAGAACAAAUAAAUGCCAUUCUGAAAAAUCAGGAAGAGAUCAGAAAGAGGAUAGGGAAGAGCAAUGAAGAAGAUUCUACUGAUGUGUCAGGCAUGAAACGACAUCGCAGAAGAACCACUGUGUUCAAUGAAGUUCAGCUUAGAACUUUAUACAUGCACUUCACUUACUGUAACUUCCCUGAUCCUUCCAUGUUCAAGAUUAUUGGACACCUCACAAAACUGGAGCCACAGGUCAUUAAGAUUUGGUUUCAGAAUGAAAGAUCAAGACAAAGAAAACGUGCUACUCAUAUAGUUGAUGAAGUAAACUCAAAAGAAAAACCCUACAAAUGCAGAGAUUGUGGAAUGUCUUUUGCCAUGUUGACAUUCCUUGUGAAGCACAGCAUGCGUCAUAAUGGAGACACUGACCAGGAUGAAUUUGUUCGAACUUGCCCUCUCUGUUUGCAGAAAUGGAACAAAGAUGUCUUUGCCUCUCAUCUAAAGAGUCGACAUAAUGUGAAUCUGAGUUUAGUUGAAGAGAAAAAUGUUGGAAAUCUAAUGUGUUAUUUAUGUGAUGAAAAAUUUACUGAUCAAGAAAGUUUAAUGAUUCAUAAACACAAACAUCUAAAGGAUGAUUAUGGAGAUCCUCCUGAAUGUAAAGAAUGCAAAACAACAUUUGUCAAUGCUAUCUGUCUUGAAGCUCACAUGGAAACGCAUCGCCAUAAAGAGUGGAACUACAAAUGCAGUUUAUGUGGUGCCCUUUUCCAUGACAAAAUACUGUUAGAUUCACACAGAAUGGGACAUGGUGUACCUCUUGCUCCUGUUAGCACAAUUGACAGAUCAAGGAGUCAGCUUCAACAUACUUCUGUUAGAGCCAUCCAUGCUCGUGCUCGCAAGACAGUAGCAUCAGCUAUCACAAGUUUGAAUACGUCCCUUCCUGAAAACAAGAUUACAACAGAAACUAAACCCAAUUGCAGUAGUCCCCCCAGUACUCUAUCUUCAACUACAAAGUCUUCAACAGCAUCUUCUAUUUCAAGUGUUUCUACUAUUCUGUCCCCAACUUUGGUUACUCCAUCACUAAUUAACAAUCAAGCAAAUAGCACCAUCAGCAACAUACCUUUCUCUUCUACACAGGGACCUGUAAGCUAUGUGAAAUUGAUACCAGUACAGCUUAUCCCUGUGAGCUCAAUUUCUGGAUCACAGUCUAAUCAAAAGCCUGGUUGCUUAUCCACUGUGACAUCUGCUGGAAUUACUACUCCAACAACUACAUUUAUCUCUGUCCCUGUGUCAUUAAAGGGCUCAACAGAUGCAAAUCCUAUUCUAAGCCAGUUGCUUGAACCACCAUCAGUCCAGAGUAAAGUUGAAUCAACAACAAGUCUCAAUAAAUCUAAUGAUAAAGAUUCAAAUUGCAAGAGUAUUAAAAGCAAAACUCUGCCAAAUUUGAUUCCCAUUAUUUCUCCCCUUCCUAAAGAGGUUAAAACAGAGAAUGAAGAUGUCAAUGAAAAAGAUAAGGGAAAUUCAGCCAGUGAUUAUGAUGAAGAGGAUAAGAGUAAUAUUGAUAAAGAGGAGGAAGAGGAAGAGGAGGAGGAGGCAACAACAGCAACGGCCGAGAGUCCAGCCAAUAAAAAGAAGGCAAAAAAGCAGAUUGUGAACGGUGUCAGCACUGAAAGUAAAAUUUCUAUAUUAGAGCAAGAAGACAGCAGAGUAUCACGAGAUUCCACUACUGUAAUCAACACCAGCUAUGUUAAAGGUAUUAAAAUUGAAAUACCGGAGCAAUACAACUCUGGGGAACUGACUACACAUCAGGUUGCAAGUACAAAGCGAUAUGUACCUAUCUUGCCAAUGAUACCAAUUGAAAUGGGUUCCAAAAAUCAAGCUCCAGUUGGCAAUAAUAACACAUCAAUGUUGCAGAGGACAAGAAGAGCCCGAAACAUACCCAACAAAAGGUUGUGGCAGUCCUUUGAUCCAGUUGGAUAUAAACGAAGACGCACACCGACUUACUUUACCGGCAGUCAGCGUGAAAUAUUGGAGGCUCACUUUGAGCAUGACAACUUUCCAGAGCCUGGGGAACAGAUGGCCAUUGCAAAUCAUCUUGGUGUUGAUUAUGCUGUUGUAAAAACUUGGUUCCAAAAUACUCGCAAAAACUUCCGCAAACAGCUUAAGGAAGAGAAUAAUUAUGAAGAUGAUGGACCUUUCCAUUGCCAGAAGUGUAAUGUGUCAUUCAUUGCUCGUACAACCUUGAAUGAACAUUAUGAAAUGCAUGAUGUUCAAACGGAUUAUAAAUGCAAAGAGUGUAGUGUCCAUUUUGCUCAUCCUGCAGUCUACAAUACUCACAUGAUGAAACAUCUUAUUAAAACUUCAGACAGCAAAAAGAAAAAGUAUGGUGUGAUUCCUACUCAAGUGGCUUCUAGUCAGACUGAGACUUCAACUUAUGAAGGAGACAAUGAGGAGUGUAGUGACACUGAUUCACUAGAAGACAAUGAAGUAGAUCCUGUGGGAGUAGAUGAAGAAGAUCAAGAGUCUGAGAGACCUGAUGACUAUACUGAAGAUGGAGAAGAUUAUCAUCCUAUAAUGGCUGUUGAAUGUAUUCUUGAUAACUCAUCAGGGGAAGAUGAUACUCAGUCGCCAAAUGAAUCACCAGGGAAAUGCGUUGGCCAUACCUGCAUGUCUUGUGGAGAAAGUUUUGCUUCAUUAAUUGCUUUGAAAGAGCAUGAUUCUCUUCAUUGUUGCCAUAAAAAAGUUGUGUUGAAGCCAGGACAAUGGAGAAGGAGGAGGAGAAUCAAAGGAAAGCGAAAGUAUAAAGUGGGAAAUGACAUUCGAUGUUUUGAAUGCCAGUUUGUCUUCCCGGACAGAGUGUCCUACUUAGAGCAUUUCAACUCAAGCAACUGCAAUGUUGGAAGACAAAGGAUAGAAUACACAGAUGAAGAACAAAAGGUCUUGAUCACUCAUUAUGAAGGGAAUAAUUUUCCUAUGCCCUCUGAGAUGAGCCUUCUUGCCAGACGCUUGGGUGUACGUUACAGGCAAAUAAUGCACUGGUUUCAGAAUAGGAGAAGCAAAGAAAGGAAACAACAGAGAUUUGAAAACAAAUAUCCUCCAGUAGAAUGCCAGAAUUGCAAGGCCUCCUUUGUCACUUAUGCAAACUUAGAGAAACACCAGGAGUUGGUGCAUGGGCAGGUCACAAAUCCAUUGUCAGAAUUUUCAUGUUCGUCCCCAGGCUGCAAUGCACUCUUUCCCAAUGCAGACCUCUUACUGACCCACCAACUAGCUCAUCAGAUUGACAGUGAUGCUGCACAUGUUGACAAGGAGAGUGGUGGCCACAAGUUACCCACUAUGGGUCAGAGUCCCUUGUGGAAGAAUUUCACUCUGCUAGAAGCACACUACAGUGAAAACAACUUCCCUGAUCCUAUGGAUAUAGGAUUUAUUGCUCGUAGGUUGGAGGUUGACCCACUUCAUAUCCACAUGUGGUUUAAGGAGAGAAGAAAUCAGCAUAUUCGAAAAUUAGAAGAAAGUGGUCGUAAGGUAAUGGGGGGCGAAGUGGCUGUAAGUACUCAGAGGGCCAUGAGCAAGGUAUGCGGCACAUGUGAUGCUGCUUUUAUAUGCCAGACAGACCUUGAUACACAUGAAGAGAUGCACAAGUCUUCAUGGGCACAGGUGUGCAGCAUGUGUGGCAUGGAAUACAGCAAUGUUGUGGCCUUAGAAACUCACUGGAUCCGCCAUGGUAUAGAAGUCUCUCGUGAAGGUGAACAGACUCCAGAAUCUAAGCCCGAGAAAACGUCAAAGGCAUCUUUUACAAACACACAGUUAAGGAUUCUUGAUACUCACUAUGAACACAAUAACUUUCCUGGAGCUACAGAGGUGUGGCUUGUAGCAAAACGGCUAAGGCUCAGACCAAAGCAAGUUACACAUUGGUUCCAAAAUAAGAGAGGUAGAGACCGUAGAGUGCAGGGUAUAAAUGCUCCUUAUUCACGUACUUGUCCUCUUUGUGGAGCAGCAUUUAUAUGUGAACUAUUUCUUAACAACCAUAAAAAGAUUCACAAAAUAAACAGUAGAUACCCAUGCACAGAAUGUGGGGCCAUAUUCCUGUCACCAGUAUUGCAGGAAACUCACCUGCUAUACCACAAUGUCAUUCCUAAAGCAAUGAUUCCUUUCCGUAGAACUCAAAGCGGUACAAAAGACCCGUUAACAGAAGGGCAGACAAAAAAUUUAGAUAAUUGUGAGCUAGAAGAUUCAGACUCCAGUGAACCUGAACUCAUUAUUGCAGACUCGGAGAAUUUUGACUUAUCUUUUGAUAAUUCACUAGAUAAAGAGAAUUCAGCUAAAGUUGAUGACCAGAUCCAGACAGAGAGUCUUGAAGAAACUGAGAGUAUUGAGAAAAUUCAAGUUGAAACAUCAGAUUUGGAGAACAGAAAACCUAAUCCAAGAAUGAUCGGUGAGGAAGUCUUCUUUGAUGAUAAUACAGACAGUGAAGAUGAUGAUGAUGAUGAUGAACCAAGAUUGAAAAUAGUGAGUGCCUACACUAUUUCUGCAGAUAUAGAAGAUCAUGAAUUAGAGACAGAGUAGUAAUAAUCAGAUGUAAUAGAAAUAAUGUAGGACAUGGUUAAUCAUUGAUGGUAGUAAAAUAUGUUUUGCAGACCUAUCAUAAACGUUUCCAACUUUGCUACCAGUGCAGUUCUUGUCAGUUGUCCAUUUCUCAUUAGUGGCUUCCUGUUACGUAGAUUAAAGAUACUAAAAUGUACAAUGGGAGAGUGGCUUGGAAACUAUAAUCAUUUAUGUAGGGCAUGCUGUCUCAGAACUUCUAAUGGUAAAUAUGUUCAUUAAGCAGACAGUAAACCCAUAUAUAUAUGUGUGUGUGUGUGUGUGUGUGUGUGUGUGUGUGUGUGUGUGUGUGUGUGUGUGU